AUGAACGCCAAGAUCUUCUUCGUUGCUCUCUUUGCCGUCGCAACCACUUCGUUCGCCCCUGCAAGUGCGCAGCCGCUGAGGGUCUGCGAGCCAGCCUGCGGAGAGUAA